AUGGAGUUUUUCAAUAAAUCAAAAGUGAUUAAGCUUCGAAGCCAUCUAGAUAAGUACCUAAUAGUAGACGACAACAAAAUCAGCAAAAUCAAAAUCCGUCAGGAUCGAAACGGAACGGUUAGAAGGGCUGAGUGGACUGUAGAAGAAGUACAGAAUUAUCCUCACGUCAUACGGUUAAAGAGCUAUAACGGAAAAUACUUAACGGCAACGGAAAUACCGUUUCGGUUAGGCGUGACGGGAAAAACGGUUAUAUUAACGGAGUUAGAAGAAGGUUUAGUAGAUGGAAAAAAUGAGUGGGAACCGAUAAGGGAUGGGUUUCAGAUAAAGUUGAGGAGUUGGUGCGGGAAGUAUUUAAAGGGAAACGGCGGAGCUCCGCCGUGGAGGAACAGUGUAACGACGGAUGAUUCGUUUGGUUCCGUGAAACAUGAUUCUGUUCUGUGGGAUGUUGAAGCGGUGGUGGUGGAAGAGAAUAUGAAUGAAAUAGUUUUUGAGAGGUUGUUAUCGUCUUUUGCUUCUGAUGAUGUUUCUUUUGAAUCUGAUACGGAGUCUCCGGUGUCUGUUUUCUCCCUUUCGUCGCCGCCGGCAAGAGAGAAUUUUCAGACAACAAAACCCAACAAGCUACGAACUGGAAUGGAUUUCUUCCACAGAGCAAAAGCAGUCCGUCUCAAAAGCCACCACAACAAAUACCUUCUAGCAGAAGAAGAUGAAGAAUCCGUCACACAACACAGGAACGGUUCCUCAAAUAACGCUAAAUGGACUGUCGAGUAUGUCCCAGAUUACGACAACGUUAUCCGUCUCAAAAGCUGUUACGGUAAAUACCUCACAGCUUCCGACCAGCCUUUCCUUCUCGGCAUGACCGGUCGGAAAGUUCUUCAAACAAUUCCAAAUACAAUCGAUUCUUCUGUUGAAUGGGAACCCGUUAGAGACGGAGUUCGUGUGAAGCUGAAGACACGGUAUGGGAAUUUUCUUAGAGGGAAUGGUGGGUUGCCACCGUGGAGGAAUACUGUGACGCAUGAUAUUCCUCAUAGAACUGUUACUCAGGAUUGGAUUUUGUGGGAUGUUGAUGUUGUUGAGAUUAAUGUUAGUAACCAUGGUUCGGAUCCAGCUUCUGAAAACAACAACGCUCCCUCACCUGCUGUUGUUGUGCCUACUGUUUCUGCAAGCUUUUCUAGGCAACAGUCUAAUGAAUCGAGUGUUGGUGUCUCUCCAAAGACGAAAGAGGGUAGGGUUAUAUACUACCAUGUUGCUGAAGAUGAUAGAGAGGUGAGUGAUGAAGGUGUGGAAGGUUAUUCUUUGGUUUUCAAAGGGAAUGGAGUUGAUGAUUUGAGGAAGAAAUUUGAGGAAGAGACAGGGUUAGAGGGAAUCAUUGUGUGUAAUAAGAGUCCUUUGAAUGGAAAACUUUAUCCUCUUCGUUUGCAGCUUCCUCCAAACAAUGUCACUAUGCAUGUUGUUUUGGUUCUUCCCUUCUCAAAAGUGGCAACAGAGUUGGAGGCACAAGGUUUGCUUUGA